ACACUUUUUAAUUUAUAAACAAAAAUUUAAAAUGAAGACGUUGGGAGCUGUCAUUUAUAAUCAUUAAAAUCUUAAUUAUCUAUUCAUUCAUUUUUAAAAUUUAUGUUUUGAAACUAUCCACAUAAAACCAUGUAGUUUAUUUUAACCGCUCUAAAUUAAUUACUUUCUUGAUCUCUGCUGAUGAUCUAAAUUGUUAUUUAAUCGUUAGGAUUUUAAAAAUUUUAGUUUUUUCACCAAAUGUCAACAAAUCACUUGCAAUAUAAACACUCCAGAUAAAUUUUAAAAUGGAAGAACUUGCUGAUAUCUCUGUUCAUGUUGCAGAAUACAUUAAAGAUCGUUUGUAUUUUGCAACUUUAAAUACUCCUAUCAAGCCCAGAUCCACUUCUAAUCUCCACUUCUUUUCAAUUGAUAAUGAGUUGCAAUAUGAUGGUUUCUACUCGGAUUUUGGACCGUUGAAUCUCGCAAAACUUUACCGCUAUUGUAUGAAGCUGAAUAAGAAAUUAAAAGCAUAUUCGUUGCUAAAGAAAAAGAUUAUUCAUUACACUGUUGUAGAUGCUAAGAAAAGAGUGAAUUCAGCUUUCCUCAUUGGGUCAUAUGCAAUAAUUUACCUAAAAAAAUCAGCUGUGGAAGCUUAUCAGCCCCUUGUUGGAAACAAUAGCCCUUUGUUCAUUCCUUUUAGAGAUGCAUCUUAUGGCCAAAGCUCAUAUGAUCUGACAUUAUCUGAUUGUCUUCAUGCUGUAAGCAAGGCUGUAGAAAACAAUUUUUUGGAUUUUGAGGGAUUCGAUGUUGAUGAAUAUGAACAUUAUGAAAGAGUAGAAAAUGGGGACUUGAAUUGGAUAGUUCCAAAGAAGUUUAUUGCUUUUUGUGGCCCACACGCUAAAAAUAAAUAUGAAAAUGGUUAUCCAUUGCAUUCACCAGAGUUCUAUCUUUCUUACUUCCGUAAGCACAAUGUGACUACAAUUGUUCGCCUCAAUAAAAAAGUAUAUGAUGCUCACCGUUUCUCAAAUCAUGGUUUCAACCACAGAGAUUUAUUUUUUGCGGAUGGAGGAACCCCGACAGAUAAGAUAAUGGAAGAAUUUUUAGAAAUAGCUGAAAAUGCUAAAGGUGCUAUUGCAGUUCAUUGCAAAGCUGGAUUAGGGCGAACCGGAACUCUAAUUGCAUGUUACAUAAUGAAGCAUCAUCAUUUUACUGCAGCUGAAGCAAUUGCAUGGAUUCGAAUUUGUCGUCCUGGAUCUGUCAUCGGCCACCAGCAACAUUGGUUGGAAGAAAAACAAGGUCUUUUAUGUUAUCAAGGGAAUAUAUUCCGGGCAGAAAGAGCCAACAAUAAAAAUAAUAAUUACACACCUACUAGGAUAUUAACUAGAUCCUCUGUUCGAAGGAAAGAUAAUGAUGUAUCUCACAUUCUUGCCCGGGUUGAACACAUUCGACUUGAAGAUAGAAAUAGAAUUACUGAAAGCAAUUCUCGUAGUAGGAAGGAAAAGACUUAUCAAAAUGGAACUACCCAGUUUGGAAACAACAAUAAUGACAAUAACAAUAAUAAUGAAGCAGAUGAUGCUGUUACACAAGGAGAUAAAUUAAAUAGGAUAAAAGCAAUGAGACGGCAGCCAAGAUCUCACACAACUGGAGGCUUAAGCAUAGAUAACUUAAAACCUCAUCCAAGGUCUUCCUCUCAACCUUUUAAGCCAAUGACAUCAUCUGCAGCUUAUCAUUCAGCUUAUAUAUCUCCAUUGAAACCUUUGAGAACCAAUGGCUCUUCUCAAACACCUGAAAGUUCAAAUGCAUCUUCCACUUUGUCUCCAGUUCGUCGACCAGUAAAACAGGCACCACCGAUUCAUUCACCAUCAAGGCGACGUAACUGGAGACAUUUAAUUACUUCCCCUGGAAAUGUAGCACCUCAUCAUCCAUCACCAUCCAAGUGGGAUUUAAAUACUUUUCUCAGUACUAAUCCUGGAUCUUCUCCUCUUGCAUAUUCUUCUAGCUCUAUUACUAAUAAUAAUACUCUCCCUGUUUCUGCUCCAUCUUUAAUCUCUUCUUCUCAACUUCCUUCUGUGGAUGAUUUGCGUCACAGUAGUGCUCCUCUUUCCAAAAUCACUCCUUCUCGAGACGAUACUACAGCAAGAUGACAGAUAGCAAACAGAAAUUCAGCACAAAAGAAGAAGUCUCACCAGUUAGAGGAGAACAGGAGGAUUCCCACUAAAAAGUUAAAAUCGACCAGCUUAGAAAGGAAAGCAACAAAUUCUUCCGGAUGUGCUGAAUAUUCCUGCCAAAGUAUGGCUCAUCAAAUGCACCAAAAAAGAAAGCAACUACCAGCAAGUUCAUCAUUUUUGACAUCUGCACCUUUUACUCGCUCUCAGUGUCGCAAAGGCACUUGUAGUUGUGAAAUAGUGUGGAAUAGCAUAUCAUUAAAAUAAAUUAUUAACAUUUUUAUAUCAUAUGGAAAAUUUAUCAUUUUUAAAAAAAAAUUAUUUUAGAAAUUUGAAUGCUUUAGUAUUUAUUGGAUGUAGAUUGUAAAUUUCAAUGGUUAGGGUUAUUUAUUUAAAAAUUCAAGAAAUGAAAUGAACUUGGUGGACUUAUUAGAGAUGCUAGUUUUACCUAUAUAUUAAAUGCACUGAAUGACUUGUUGAUUUAAGAAAUUUAAAUCAUUUUCAUUCUAUUGGAAUGAAAUGGGUAAUAAAGGUAGGGGUGUCUCUCUAUGACAAGAUUCAUUGGUUCCAGAAGAGACAUUUGCUUUAGAAAGUAUUUCAUUCUAUGGAGGUUAGAUAUCUUUGCAGUUAUUUGAGUCAGGAAAAAAUUUUAAUGUAAAGAAAUAAAUUUUUUUCUUUGUUUUAAUAAUAGUCUUAAAAUUAGGUUUUAUGUCAGAAAAUUGAAUUUUAAGGUUUGCAGCAGCAUUAAGUUUACUUCUGAAUUUGUUUUUGGUUUACAUUUAAAUAAUAAUAAAAAUCGUUUAGAAUGGUUAUCAGAAAAACAGAUUGCCGUAUUGUUAAAUCUGGUUAUUUCCUUUGAAUUGAAAAGUUCAUUUUGAAUUACUUAUGCAUAUUAUAAAAAUGCAUCUCUUUUUCAUAAUUUAUGCAAUCUAUUGUAGUUUGAAAUAUAUAUAUAUAUAUUUGGUAUUUGUUUAAAUAAUUCAUAAAAAGAACCAAAAUGUUAAAUAAAUAAUGGAUUGAUUCGAUAUAAAUAUAAUUACAGGUUUACAGGGAGGUUGUUAGUGUGACCCUCCACUGAACACUAUUUGGAACAGCUUAUUUACAUAAAUGUUACAGUUUUAGUGUGUGUAAUAAGUUCAAAAAUAUAUAGUUAUGAGUUUUAAUUCAAAAUGGAGUUAAUACAUUUAAAUGUAUUAAAAUCAUUAAAUAUGGAAGUGGCCAGAGCCAGAUUAUACCUUUCGUAGGCCCUAGGCAUAGCCGUUUUUGGGCCCUCCCUCCUUUCCCCACUCCUCCCCUCUUUUCAAAAUAUAUGCUAAAAUUUUCUUGCAUAUUUUUUUUAAACAUUUUUAUUAAUAUGGAUUUUAAUUUACAAAUUUGUUUAUCGAACUUUAUCUGCAAUGCCGACAUACUGCCGAUAUUGCAGUUGAUAUCGAUAAUACCAUUAUGACUAGUUCGAUUGAUAACAAUGUAAACACUUCACAUCAAGAAUAUAUUUGUCGAUUCUUGGACCAAAUGCAGAAGGAGAAAGAUCUUUCUCCAGAGAAUCAAGAUCGUUUGGCAUCGCUCGCACUUAUGUCUAUUGAAUACGACAUUUUGCGUAGUUUGGAAUUCGACAGCAUAAUACGAGAUUUCGUUGAAUCCAAAAAUCGCAAAAAAAGUAAUAUCAUAAGAUUCUGCAAAAUAAUUUAUUAGCGAAAAAUAUUAUAUUUUUAUUUGUAUCUUCAUAAUUUUGUGCAAAAUACACUUGUUGUUUUUAAAGCUAAAUUAUUUUUGUUAACAAAUUUUUUUCUCCCAAGUUUUUUGUAGGCCCCUGAAUUUCGUAGGCACUAGGUGUGUGCCUAUAGGUUAAUCCGGUCCUUGGAGUGGCACGUUUGAUCUUCAUAAUACAAGGAGAAUAAAAGGGUUCUUUUUUUCUUCACAUAGAAUUCUAUUAUGUGAUAUAGAUUCCGAUAUAGUAUGUCAGCGGUUCUAGCAAUAGGCAUUUGCAAGAGCACAUUGGUUUCACAUAAAUUCCAAUAAAAUCUAUCAAUCGUAACGUUCUUUAGAAAAGACAGAAAUCGAAAAAAAAAUGUUUGAAAAUUUGUUAUUAAGAGGAUAUUUAUGUUUUUUAAUAUGCUGAUUAAAAAUUUUUAGCAGGAAGAAAUUCCGUAUAGAAAGACUCCAUUAUAGGAAGACUACUGUAGAUUAAAUAAUUUCAGAAUAAAUUUACUUACAAAUUUUUGGCAAUUUUCUUUUCAGUGAAAAGAAAAUUGACGAGAUAUUUUAUUUAAAGUAUCGUUUUUUAAAUCUUGAGUAAUAAAAAUAAAUGAUUGGACAUUUAUUAUAUUACUAAAUAACUUCAAUAUUCUAAAAUCACUGCUAUCACAAAAUUAAAAUAGAAAGUAGUAUGUUCAUUUUUCUUUUAUUCUGCACUAAAUGAAAUUCAUUCCUUUUCACAUAUUUUUACCGCUAUCUUUACUUAUAAAUUUUAAAAUAUAAAAUUUACUUGGCUUAAAUUAGGGGUUUAUUAAUUUUACUUUUACUAGCUGCCAUGAAUUGUAUCAUUAAUUUAUGAAAUAUAAUUCUUGUUGAUAUUAUUUUUGUGCAUUUUUAUGAAACAAAAAAAUGAGAUAUUUUAUUGAAACUAAUGUCAGUGGCGUUGAUGUUAUCUUGUAUGUAGUGUUAAAAAUCAUUAAUAAUAGGAACUAUUAUUAUAUCUUUAAUUUUGUAUUAUUAAAUAUGGGAAUUAUUAAUUCUACAUUACUCCUAUUUUACUAAUGAAUAUGGGGAUUAUCAACAUUACAUUACAACUAUAUUAUUAGCACAAUUAUUAAAUCUAUAUUACUCUAACAUUAAUUAUCUUGGGUAUUAUUGUAAUAUAUUAUUUAAAUAUAUUGCUUAAUUAUAAAUAAAUUUCAUCACUUUUUUUGUAAUCAAGCAAUAUGGGAGUUAUUUAUACUAUAUUAUACCACUAUGAUUACUAAUUAUUCCUUUUGACAUGAUCUUUCUUGAUCACAAUACUAUUAAUCAAGUGUAUAAAUAAAAUCUCAUAUCUAUAUUAUUGAUAGUUCAUUACUUCUAUAUUAAUUAACAUGAUAAUUAUUAAAUCUAUAUUACUCUAACAUUGUUAAUUAAUGUAGGAAUUUUUAAUUUUACAUUGCUUUAUUAUUAAUCAAUAUGUUAGUUAUAAAUACUACACUACUUCUAUAUUAUAUAACUAUAAUUAUCAAUUAUUAGAAACUAAAUUUAUUUUCACUGAACCUAUUUUCCGCUAUUAAUGAAAUUCCUUUCGGCAUGAUCACUGCUAUUAGACCAAUAAAUUAUUUAAUUUUUGUUUUAUGUUAUAUUAAAAAAAAAAAUUUAAUAGUUUUUUAAUAAAUUUAUUGAUUACUGGAAAAAUUGAAUGACAUACUUGACUGCAGGCCAUUUAACACAUGAUUAAAUAAUAUUUUUAACAUUUUCUUUAAACUAGUGAUUUCGUAAAAAAAAAUUUUAAAAAUAAAAUAUUGAAGAAAAUUUACUUUCUGCUUACCAACUCUUGAGUAAAGCUGAAGAAUAUAAGCAGGGGAAAGUUAAAUAAUAUAAAUGUUCUAAAACUCCUUGCAGCAGACGUCAAAAAACUGCAAGUAUGUGGUGUUACUUUUUAAACAUGAGUUCUGAACUUUGUUCAGAGCAAAACCUUGUUGUUUUUCUACUUAGCAAGCUGUUUUAUUUUUUUUCUAAUGUUAAUUAAAAAAGAUAUUGCUCUGCGUGGAAACUUAUUACUAACUCAUGAGAUCUUUCACUAUUAAUUCUGUUAGUUAUGUAAAAGCUUUUGCUGUAUCUGCUUUUUCCCUUUUUUAUUUAUAUCUUGACUGAAUUGCAGAUGUGUGCUAACUUUUAAUACCUGUACUUGUUGCUAUUGUUAUAAGUUGUUGUAAAUAAAAUUUCCAUUUUUAAGAUGUAAUUUUUUCUAUAUUCAUCUCCUUCUACCCAUGAAAUUGUUAGUCGCUUCUUGAGCAAUUUUUUUUAAAAAUCUGUUAAAUAAAGAGUUAAUGAACCAGUUUUUGAAAGAUAUUGUUAUUUAUCAUUUUUGUUUUGAUUAAGAGACUCUUUAUUUAUCUGAUUUAUCAAAUUUUAUUUAUGAUAUUUUCAUUCUAAGACAAGUAAUUAAAAACUGAUCAAAAAAUUUAAGUUUUUAUCUUAUAUCAUUCUCUUUUGUUGAUGUUUUCUAUAUUCACUUUUUAUUUUCAUUUAUUGAAAAAUUUAAUUUUACUUGUAUUUUGACAUAGAAUUAGAUAUGGAUAAAACAGAAUGUAUACUUUUAACUAAAUGCAAGUCUUUGAUUACUCUUUUUAAGUAAUAAUUACCAAGUAGUAUAAAGUCAUAUUUUAGUCAAUUCACAAGGUUCAUAUAGUUUUUUUUUAUUAUUAAGAAUUUAAAAAAAAUUUCAAAUUUAAAUAAUCUUUUGUGUACUAUUUCAUGGGAAAGCACUGCUGUAGGGCAUCCAAAUAUAUACAUAAAAAACUUUUGGAUUGGGUUUAAGAAAUAUAAUAUAGAAUAAUAUUAAUAAAAAAAUUUCUUCCUCCAUUGGUACAGAAACAUACUAGGUUCAAGCAACAUAUCACAACCUAAUGAAAUAUAGAUCUGAUAUUACAAAAGAAAUGCAUUCUUUUAAUGGCAUGUGCAGUUUAAUCAUACAUUUAUAAAUUUUUUACUUAUGAAUUAUCCCUUUCCUGAUGUAUUUUGCACUAAAAUAUUUGAAAUUUUUUAAAGCUUUGUAAUUACAAAUCAAUGCAAUCUGUUAGGUUACAUAAGUCAUAAAUUUGAAAUCUGUUUAGUUGAGAGCUUUGCUGCUCAGUUUAAACAGAGCAAGGUUUUAACCAUAUGUUCUAGCUGUGCUGUUUCUUUCGUUUGCUUGAAAUUAUUGAUGUAAAAUUUUAAAAAAAAAAUUAUUUAAAGCUUUUUAAAUUUAUUAAUUAGUAUCUAGUGAACAUUAUUUAUAUUGCAAUGCUGAAUUAAUUUUUUUAAAUGUAAAUUACUAAUUUGCUCUACUCAUUAUAUUAUAUAACUACUAUGUAUACUACUUACUAUAAAUAAAUAUUGUAUGAAAUAUAUAUAUUUGAAUGCUUUAUUUUAAAAUGGGAAUUCAGUUAUAAUUACCUCUAAAAUAAACCAGUGAUGAACUCUCAUGUGCUGUUAUUUCUUAUUUUAUAACCCAUUAACAGGCACAUUUUACCAUGCAAGUAAUUAGCGGAUAGAUUUAAAAUGAGAGUAAGUUUUUGAAAAAUAAUGAAAACUAUUACUAGAUGGGACUGUAAACCACUUUGGAAUUGACUUACAGAGAUAUUCAGAUAAUCAGGAUCUAUAUAUGCAAUGAUGGAAUUCAAGCUAUUCAACAAUUAGUAUCACUAGGCUUUAAAAAAAUUUCAGUAUGUUUUAAAGAAAAGAAAAAAUUUUUUUAUUGAAAUGUAAAUAUUUGUUUGUAAGAAUAUUUAUUUUUUUUGUGAAAUGUAAUAGUAAUGAUUUUUUAAAAAGUUUUUUUCUUUUUAUGUAAUUUAAACUUAAGUACAUACAAUUCCAAGUAACUAAUGUUUUAAUUUCCUUGAUUGUACAUAAUAAAACAGUUUGUCAAUCAAAUGUUUCUCUAAGGCAGUUUUAUUUUAUCAAAUUUAAAUAUCAUCAAUGCAAGUAAGUUACUAUCUCAUCUAAUUUUGUGUUGUUUUUCUUGUAGCUAUUUUUUGAAGUGCUUUACGCUUUAUUUAUUACAUAAUUUUGCACAUGAGGGUUUGAAGCAUAUUUUUCAUAGUUAAUUGUUGAAUAAUUUAAAAGAUCAAAGUAAUUGCUGUAAGCAAUUCAAUAGUCACUUUAGUUAAACUAUAUUGUUUUUAUAUUUUUGUUCUUUUUUCAUGUUUCUUUUGGAUAUUCUUAUUUUAUUCCUAUUUUUAAUGCAUUUAUUAAAGACAAAUAUUUGUACAUUUCAGUGUGUGAUUAUAUUACCUAUUGAAAGUGGAAUUCAAUCAUUUAUUAUUUUGCUUUUUUUAUUACUUUUUUAUUUGUUGACAAAAAAUGGCAACUGUAAUUUGUUGUUGUAAGUGUUUUAAACUCUGUUGUAUGUUAAAUAUUGAUAUUAAAUAGAAAAAAAAACCAAUAAAAUAUUUAGAUUUGUUUAUUUUA